CUCAGCUUCCCGCGCCGCCCGCCGCCUUGGGGGACGAGGAGCAGGACGCGGCCUCGGUGGGGCCCGGGCCGAACGACUGCGGACCCCCGGGCGCCGGGGAACCGAGCGCCGCGCUCUCCGGCAUGGAUCAGUGCGUGACGGUGGAGCGCGAGCUGGAGAAGGUGCUGCACAAGUUCUCGGGCUACGGGCAGCUGUGCGAACGCGGCCUGGAGGAGCUCAUCGACUACACCGGCGGCCUCAAGCACGAGAUCCUGCAGAGCCACGGUCAAGAUGCUGAAUUAUCAGGGACACUUUCACUUGUUCUAACACAGUGCUGCAAAAGAAUAAAGGACACUGUCCAGAAGUUGGCCUCUGACCACAAAGACAUCCAUAGCAGUGUUUCUCGAGUUGGAAAAGCCAUUGAUAAGAAUUUUGAUUCUGACAUUAGCAGUGUGGGGAUAGAUGGCUGCUGGCAGGCGGACAGCCAACGGCUUCUCAAUGAGGUGAUGGUGGAGCACUUCUUCCGACAAGGAAUGCUGGAUGUAGCCGAGGAGCUCUGCCAGGAAUCGGGUCUGUCUGUGGACCCAAGUCAGAAAGAACCAUUUGUGGAGUUGAAUCGAAUAUUAGAAGCAUUAAAAGUCAGAGUUCUGAGGCCUGCUCUUGAGUGGGCAGUAUCAAACCGAGAAAUGCUCAUAGCCCAAAACAGCUCCUUGGAAUUUAAGCUACACCGACUGUAUUUUAUUAGCUUGUUAAUGGGUGGAACUACAAAUCAGCGAGAAGCCUUACAAUAUGCGAAAAAUUUCCAGCCAUUUGCCCUAAAUCAUCAAAAAGACAUUCAGGUGUUGAUGGGAAGCCUUGUGUACCUGAGACAAGGCAUUGAGAAUUCACCGUAUGUUCACCUACUUGAUGCAAACCAGUGGGCUGACAUCUGUGACAUCUUUACACGGGAUGCCUGUGCCCUGCUGGGGCUCUCUGUGGAGUCUCCUCUCAGUGUCAGUUUCUCAGCAGGUUGUGUGGCACUGCCCGCACUAAUUAACAUCAAAGCUGUGAUUGAGCAGAGGCAGUGUACUGGAGUUUGGAACCAGAAAGACGAAUUACCUAUUGAAGUGGACCUUGGUAAAAAGUGCUGGUAUCACUCCAUAUUUGCCUGUCCCAUUCUUCGUCAGCAAACAACAGAUAACAAUCCACCCAUGAAGUUGGUUUGUGGUCAUAUUAUAUCAAGAGAUGCCCUGAAUAAAAUGUUUAAUGGUAGCAAAUUAAAAUGUCCAUAUUGCCCAAUGGAGCAGAGCCCAGGAGAUGCCAAACAGAUAUUUUUCUGAAGAAAUGAGUUUGUUUGCAAUUUGUAAGUGAAACAAAAUUAUGGGUACAUUUGAAACAAGAGUGUUCCAUUGACUGCAGCUACCCACGGACUGACCCGGUUAUGAGCUGUGCUCCAGAGCUGCCAGCACGCUAGGCGCAGGAGGGAGCGCUCCACAGGGUGUCACAUAGGGCUCUGUCCACUCUUGGUCUUGGUUUCUGAUCAAGUAAAUACACCAGCAGUUGUUGUCAUUCAGUGCAGGUUUUUGUACUUACUGUAUAGUGAUUUUUUUUUUU